AUGAUGCGACGCAUCGUCGAGGGCUUCAACCAUCCUCGAACCGUCAUUUCCCUCAUUCCGCGAGGAACGGCACUUCCGCCCUCUCUGACCAUCCUCCACGAGCACACGGACCACUACUCCCUCCAAACGACGAAGCGGAUCAGCCUAGACAACUUGAACGCCGAGAUGACUCGCUUCUUCGUGCACCAGUGUGAGGCGUACACAAAGGAGCAGUGGGUGGAUCAGUAUGGGCGGGUUGGGGAGACGAGGGGGAGGAGGUGGUGA